CCGCCUUCUUCCUCUUCCUCCUCCUCCUCCCCCUCCAUCUCCUCGCCGGCCAGCGCGCGCGCGGCAUCGCCGUCGAGCUUCAGUUCCAGCUACUGGACUAGAGCUGUUAAUUGAUCAACAGCUAGCUGCACCGAGCUAGCUAGCAGGACCUUGCACGCCGGCUAGACAGAUAAGCUAUAGUAGAGUAACUCGCUGCGCAUGUCUCCAAUGGCGCUCCAGGCAUCGUCGUCGCCGUCCGCGUUCCGUGCGGUAACGGCCACCGCCAACGCUUCCUGCCGCCGGCAGUUCCAGGUGCGCGCUCAGGUGGCCGGCGGCAGCAGCAGCAGCAGCGUCGGAGCCGACGGCGCCGGGAAGAUGAUGUUUUCCAAGGCGGAGCCGGCGGCGGCGGCCACGUCGUCGGGUUCCUCAGGUCCGUGGAAGAUCGACUUCACCUCCGGCGAGAAGCCGGCGACGCCGCUGCUGGACACGGUGAACUACCCGCUCCACAUGAAGAACCUCUCCACCUCGGAGCUGGAGCAGCUGGCGGCGGAGCUCCGCGCGGAGAUCGUGCACACGGUUUCCAAGACCGGCGGCCACCUGAGCUCCAGCCUGGGCGUGGUGGAGCUCUCGGUGGCGCUGCACCACGUGUUCGACACCCCCGACGACAAGAUCAUCUGGGACGUCGGCCACCAGGCGUACGGCCACAAGAUCCUGACGGGGCGGCGCUCCCGGAUGCACACCAUCCGGCAGACCUCCGGCCUGGCGGGGUUCCCGAAGCGCGACGAAAGCGCGCACGACGCGUUCGGCGUGGGACACAGCUCCACCAGCAUCUCGGCGGCGCUGGGCAUGGCCGUGGCGAGGGACCUCCUCGGCCGCAAGAACCACGUCGUCUCCGUCAUCGGCGACGGCGCCAUGACGGCCGGGCAGGCGUACGAGGCCAUGAACAACUCCGGCUUCCUCGACGCCAACAUGAUCGUGGUGCUCAACGACAACAAGCAGGUCUCCCUGCCGACCGCCACGCUCGACGGCCCGUCGAAGCCCGUCGGCGCGCUGAGCCGGGCGCUCACCAAGCUCCAGUCCAGCACCAAGUUCCGGCGCCUCCGGGAGGCGGCCAAGUCGGUGACGAAGCAGAUCGGCGGGCCGACGCACGAGGUCGCCGCCAAGGUGGACGAGUACGCGCGCGGCAUGAUGAGCGCGUCGGGCUCGUCGCUGUUCGAGGAGCUGGGGCUCUACUACAUCGGCCCCGUGGACGGGCACAGCGUCGAGGACCUGGUCACCAUCUUCGAGAAGGUGAAGUCGAUGCCGGCGCCGGGGCCCGUGCUGAUCCACGUCGUGACGGAGAAAGGAAAGGGUUACCCGCCGGCGGAGGCGGCGGCGGACCGGAUGCACGGCGUCGUCAAGUUCGAGCCGUCGACGGGGAAGCAGCUCAAGUCCAAGUCCUCGACGCUGUCGUACACGCAGUACUUCGCCGAGUCGCUGAUCCGGGAGGCGGACGCCGACGACAAGGUGGUGGCGAUCCACGCGGCGAUGGGCGGCGGCACGGGGCUCAACUACUUCCAGAAGCGGUUCCCGGAGCGGUGCUUCGACGUGGGCAUCGCGGAGCAGCACGCCGUGACGUUCGCCGCCGGGCUCGCCGCGGAAGGGCUGAAACCCUUCUGCGCCAUCUACUCGUCGUUCCUGCAGCGAGGGUACGACCAGGUGGUGCACGACGUCGACCUGCAGCGGCUCCCCGUGCGGUUCGCGCUGGACCGCGCGGGGCUCGUCGGCGCCGACGGCCCCACGCACUGCGGCGCCUUCGACGUGACGUACAUGGCGUGCCUGCCGAACAUGGUGGUGAUGGCGCCGGCCGACGAGGCGGAGCUGAUGCAUAUGGUGGCCACGGCGGCGGCCAUCGACGACCGGCCCAGCUGCUUCCGGUUCCCGCGCGGGAACGGCGUCGGCGCCGUCCUGCCGGCGGGGAACAAGGGGACGCCGAUGGAGGUGGGCAGGGGAAGGGUGCUGGUCGGCGGCAACCGGGUGGCGCUGCUCGGGUAUGGUACCAUGGUGCAGGCGUGCCUCAAGGCCGCCGAGGCGCUCAAGGAGCAGGACGUGUACGUGACCGUGGCCGACGCCCGGUUCUGCAAGCCGCUCGACACGGGGCUGAUCCGGGAGCUCGCCGCCGAGCACGAGGUGCUCAUCACCGCCGAGGAAGGGUCCAUUGGUGGCUUCGGCUCCCACGUCGCGCACUACCUCAGCCUGACAGGACUCCUCGACGGGCCACUCAAACUGAGAUCCAUGUUCUUGCCGGACCGGUACAUCGACCAUGGGGCGCCGCAGGACCAGAUGGAGGAGGCAGGGCUGACGCCGCGGCACAUCGCCGCCACCGUGCUGUCCCUGCUGGGGAGGCCAAUGGAGGCCAUGCAGCUCAAGUGAUGGACGACUAUCUUGGGUACAAGUACAAUACAAUGCAAGAGAUGAGAUGAAGGCAAGGCCAUGUGUGUACUUGAUCCUUGGGACUAGCUUUUGGCAUGUCGUAGUAAAUGCGUCCAAACGCAAGAGGAUGAAGAAGGGGUGGCACAAUGCAAGCACAAGGUUGUGGAGUGAGGGGCAUGUACUCCUUGCUUGAUUCCUCUAGCAACUGCAGGUGGAUGCCGGUGACGUAGGCAGGCACCUUACAUACAUGAUCCCAUAUGUCAUCAGCUGAUCUUGCUAUAGUUUCUUUUUUUUUAGCUAGGAUGCAUGAGACAUUUUGCAUAGAAAUAAUAACAAAUUAAGAACCAUGUACUGGUAUGUAUAAACAAAGAGAGAAGAUGAAUGGGUUGUUUUUGUCUGCUGAGACAGAUGGAUGAUAGUUGUA